CCAUCGAUACAGCAACUUAAAAGAAACUACAAUCUCAUCAUGGCUUGUCAGGCAGCGCAGAACUAUUCCCUGGACUCGUAUGGGGCAUUUCCAAGCUACCGCACAAACCCCUUCUGCUAUGCCUGCGCAAUGAGGUUCGAGAAGAGUUGGGGGCCGAAAUUCCGCGGCGAUGGUAUCUAUCGAGCCAGUGAGAUGGAAUAUUGGUUUUCUUGGCAGGCCAUAUAUCGUCUAGUUCUUUAUAACCCUACCGAUGGCACGACAACUGUGUCCGGUGUUUCUCUGUUUGCUGGGGCCUUUCAGGCACCUUUGGAUCCGGAUGAAGGUCUGAUUAGAACGUCCGCGGCUGGGGAACUCGAAGACCGUAUAGCAAAGCCCAGUGUCAUCGAGCCUUUUCGAGAUAUGGACAAACAAAGGAAUCUUGUGGGGUUCCCCCUUCAUGUUACCUGCUGGAGACUACUGAAAAAAAGCAAGAUGGGACGAUAUAUUGAGACGGACUUAAAUCUGAUACUUGACGCUAUCCGCCACAGGUCUAGGGACACGGGCGUUGGGGGAUGGGCAUAUGGCUUUCUUACUGCUACACCCGGUCGUGAAAGACACGAUCCCGGAGACUCCAAUCAGAUCCUGGGCCUUAUUCACAAAAGCCGCCAAGAGAGAGAAAAACAAAUCACCGUUGAAGAAAACAAAAGACCGCAAGAGCCCCGGGACUGCUUGUUUUCUCGGCUUCCGCUCGAGAUACAACAUAAGAUUAUGGAUGACCUAGAAGGCCGAGAUGUGCUGGAAUUACAAAAGGCGCUGGACUGGCAGCUUGAUGAAUCCUACUGGCGACAGAAAAUUCGGAAGACGCUCUAUUUCGAGAUUCCGGAGGUGAUUGAUCAGAGUUUAGAUUGGCAGUAUCUCUAUUUCCAACUGGAGAGCCUGGCCAACACUGACACGAUGAUCAUACGGAAACAUAUCUUAGACUCGCUGAGCUCAUUACAGGAGUAUUUCUUUCGGAGACUAAGAUAAGAGAUCGCGGUGCGCAGGAAGUUGUUGGAUUUCAUUGUUCAUGUUGAGC